AUGGGCGUGCAAAGACUCAAAUCUAAAGCGGACUCUACCGUUCAACAGGCCCCGGCGGCAGAUGUUUCCAGCAUCGUCAAGGGCGUUAUCGAUAAUAUCAGAAGCGAUGGGGAUGCCGCUGUCAGACAGUACUCUCAGAAGUUCGACUCGUGGUCGCCAACGGAUUUCAAGCUGUCUGCGAAACAGAUCGACGAAAUCAUUGCCUCUGUCGACCCACAGAUCAUUCAAGAUAUCAAGGAGGUCCAGCAAAACAUUCGGACUUUUGCCGAGAGACAAAAGAGCGCUCUCCAAGAGUUUGAACUCGAGAUUCAGCCGGGAGUCUUCCUGGGCCAGAAAAACAAUCCCAUUGCGAGAGUAGGAUGCUAUAUCCCAGGAGGAAGAUAUCCCCUCCUAGCUAGCGCCCACAUGACUAUCCUCACAGCCAAGGUCGCCGGGGUCAAGCAUGUAAUCGGCUGCACACCACCUAUCGCCGGGCAACUUCCAGCCGCGACCAUCUCCGCCAUGCACCUUGCUGGUGCCGACGAGAUUUUCAUCCUGGGCGGUGUCCAAGCGAUUGCCGCCAUGUCACUGGGCACCGAGACAAUCGCCAAAGUCGAUUUCCUCGCCGGGCCCGGUAACGCCUUCGUGGCCGAGGCGAAGCGUCAAAUGUUCGGUCAGGUCGGCAUUGACCUAUUUGCCGGACCGACAGAAGUCCUGGUCGUCGCCGACGAGCACGCAGACCCGUAUAUGUGCGCCGUCGACCUCCUUUCGCAAUGCGAGCACGGGCCAGACACUCCAGCGCAACUGAUCACCAACAGCGAGAAGGUCGGGAGGGAGACGUUGCGCUGUAUCGACAAGCUGUUGAAGGUCUUGCCGACCGCUCCUAUUGCGUCGGUCUCGUGGAAGGCCUUGGGCGAGGUGAUCGUGACAGACUCAUUAGACGAGGCAUACAAGGUCGCCGAUGAAUAUGCGUCAGAGCACGUUCAGAUCUUGACGCAAAAUCCGCGCGAGGCGCUCGAAAAGAUGACCAAUUACGGCGCCAUCUUCUUGGGCAAGAACACUUGCGUGUCUUACGGGGACAAGUGCAUCGGAACCAACCACGUCCUUCCGACGCGUAAAGCAUCCCGUUACACAGGAGGUCUUUGGGUCGGCAAGUUUCUGCGUACCCAGACCUAUCAGGAAGUCAGAAACCCCGAGGCAUCCGGCAAAUUGGGUAGGCUGUGUGGACGUGCAGCAAGAGCCGAAAACUUCGAGGCUCAUGCAAGAUCCGGUGACUUGCGUGCGGCAGAACUAUUGGGAGAUAAGGUUGAAUGGAUCGAGCAGACGCGCAAGGACCUGUCAUUGCCACAAUUUGGCUCCAACGCUGCUGCAGCUGCAAGCUAG